AUGCCCAAGGAACCCGGUAGACGUCGUACUAAGGAGGAGAUCCGCAAGAAGAAGAAGGACCCCAACGCUCCUAAGCGUGCCUUGUCGGCUUAUAUGUACUUUGCCAACGAGAACAGAGACAAUAUCAAGAACGAGAACCCCGAUAUCUCGUUCGGCCAAAUUGGUAAGGUUCUCGGAGAACAAUGGAAGGCUUUGACUGACGCCGAGAAGGUGCCCUACGAGGCCAAGGCUACUCAGGACAAGAAGCGUUACGAAGAAGAAAAGGCAGCCUACCAGGCCAGCAAAGCCCAAGAGUACUCUGAAUAA